AUGUUCAUUGAAGAGCAAAAUGGAGCAAAGUACACCAGCAGAAAAACAGACCGUAAAGGAAAAGGAAAAGCAUCUGCAAUUAUAUCUACCUCUGCAAACCGUGUUUUGGCUGGCCAUGUUGCACCUCGAGAAAUUGCCUCCAGUUUCUCAUCCAACACUAUCCAAGAUCAGCAAUACAUGGAAAUUGUUGAAAUGUUUAACAAAGUAAAUAACAGUAUCAAUGGUGUCAAGGAUGACAUUGCUGCUGUCAAUAGCAACAUGACAGCCUUUAAAAACAGGAUGGGCGUUGUUGUUGACACGUCUGGAAAGACACAUACGGCAUUUGCAGACUUUGCAACUGCCUGUGCCAACAAUCAGACUCAUAUGGCUAGUCUAGGACCAUCUCUGAUACAACCCAUGUCCCCCAGACCUCCCUCAGAAAUCUUUGCUGAAAAAUUGUGGGACUGGAAGUUCGAGUCUGACGACCCUGCUCUUGUUGCUAAGAACGAGAGUAAGAAGAAGUGGAACUUGAACAAGAAGAUUAACCACCGCAAUAACAACAGGUACAAGCACAGUCAUCGUACUUUCCACGAGUCUCCUGAGCAGAAGGUCAAGAAAAACAGCAAGGGGAGAGCAAAAAGUCGUACUCUUCAGACUGGAAACCCUGUUGAGAAGGCCUAUCUCAAACUCUUUCAGAAGGAUGUCAUAUCUGAUGGUGAGUCAGAUAUUGAGAUCGUGGACAAUCUUCUACAAUGGUAUUUGCAUUUCAACAGAUUGUUGACAAUGGUUGACGACAUUGAUUGUGCCCAUCACGUGUCAAAUGUGGGCAUGGGAACAAAGCCAAGAAUGAACAGAUAUCCAACAAUAUUGUUGCCUUGCUCUGUUUCUGCCACCCUGUCCCAGUCAUUGCCUCGUUGGGCAAUCAACGAUGAAUAA